GCAUCACCUUGGCCAGGGUGUCGUCAUUGGCUGCUUAUUAGAAAAACUACAGGACAAUGCAUACCACUGACUGCCGGCUGUAAACAUAGGGGAUAUGUGUUCACUUAGCAUGGACUUCUGGGAGGGGCCAAGGAAGGGCGGUCUGCAGUUUUAUUGAAUAGAGCAGUGUGCAUUCGGCUGCCUGCCUGCCUGCCUGCUCUCUUGCUGUGCUCCUGCUUAAAGGGAUCAGCCCUUCCUUUCCCACGGAGUCCUGGGGAAGAGAUUUCAGCCGCGGAGGUAUCAAGAAAACWUUUCAACAUCAUCCAGCUGAAUUCCACAAGGCUUGGUGAUUAACCAGCAGGCUCACAAGUGGACCUCUGACUGCCAACCUAUCCAGACACCAUCUGGUCUCCCUAAGACUGAACCCACACCAUGGAUGAUUUUGAACGUCGCAGAGAACUCAGGAGGCAAAAGAGGGAGGAGAUGCGGCUGGAAGCAGAAAGAAUUGCCUAUCAGAGGAACGACGAUGACGAAGAAGAGGCAGCGCGGGAACGUCGCCGGCGAGCCCGACAAGAAAGGCUGCGGCAGAAGCAAGAGGAAGAAUCCUUGGGACAGGUGACCGACCAGGUGGAGGUUCACACCCAGAACAGUGUCCCCGACGAGGAGUCCAAGCCAACCACCACCAACACUCAGGUGGAGGGCGAUGAUGAGGCUGCCCUCCUGGAGCGUCUGGCCCGGAGAGAAGAGAGACGCCAGAAACGCCUUCAGGAAGCCCUGGAGCGGCAGAAGGAGUUCGACCCAACCAUMGCAGAUGCCAGCCUGUCCCUCCCCAGCGGAAGAAUGCAAAAUGACACAGCUGAAAACGAGACUGCGGAGAAGGAAGGGAAAAGAGAAMGUCGCCAAGAGAGAUACGAGAUAGAGGAGACGGAAAUCGUCACCAAGUCCUACCAGAAGAAUGACUGGAGGGAUGCCGAGGACAAGAAGAAAGACGAAAAGGAAAAGGAGGAGGAGGAGGAAGAGAAGCCAAAGCAAGAGAGCGGUGGAGAAAAUCAGGUAGAGGCGCGGGUGGCAGAGAGCACAGCAGAAACCCAGGAGGAGACAGUGGUACCGGCCCUGAAAAACGGGGACCUGGAUGCAGAAGAGGCUCAAGUGGAGGAGAGGGAAGGAGGCUCAGAGGAGGCUUCUCAUAAUGAAAAGAUGGAAGAGGAAGAAAGGCAAAGAGCCGAGGCAGAGAGGCUGAGGGUGGAAGCAGAAGAAAGAGAAAGAAUGAAAGCCGAGCAAGAAAGACAGAUAGCGGAGGAGCAAGCAAGAAUAGCAGCAGAAGAAAGAGAGAGGAGGGAGGCGGAGGAGAGGGAGAGGGUAAAGGAGGAGGAGAGAAGGGCGGCCGAGGAGAAAAGGGCGGCCGAGGAGAGAAGGGCGGCCGAGGAGAGGCAGAGGGCCCAGGCAGAGGAGGAGGCGAAGGCUAGGAUAGAAGAGCAAAAGCGAAAAAAGCAGCUAGAGGAGAAGAGGAAUGAAAUGCAAGAGACAAAGAUGAGAGGGGAGAAAGCAGAAGAGAAAAGAGAAGGGAAGAGGGUCAAUGAAAAGAAAGUGCCUGAAGAUAAACCUCAGACAGCUGUCCCAAAGAAACAGGAAGAAGAAAAGGGAACAAAAGGGCAAGCUCAAAGGCAAAAGUCCCAAGAAGACAAGCCUACCUUCAAAAAAGGAGAGAUCAAAGAUGAGAAGAUUAAAAAAGACAAAGAGCCCAAAGAAGAAGUUAAGAGCUUCUUGGAUCGAAAGAAGGGAUUUACAGAAGUGAAGUCACAGAAUGGAGAAUUCAUGACCCACAAACUUAAACAUACUGAGAAUACUUUCAGCCCCAGCCGCCCCGGAGCGCGGGCCGUCGGGGAAGCCGAGGGCGCGCCGCAGGUGGAAGCCGGCAAGAGGCUGGAGGAGCUCCGCCGCCGGCGCGGGGAGACCGAGAGCGAAGAGUUCGAAAAGCUCAAACAGAAGCAGCAGGAGGCGGCCUUGGAGCUGGAGGAGCUGAAGAAAAAGAGAGAGGAGCGAAGGAAGGUCCUGGAGGAGGAAGAGCAGAAGAGGAAGCAGGAGGAAGCCGACCGCAAGGCCAGAGAGGAGGAAGAGAAGAGGAGGCUAAAGGAGGAGAUUGAGAGGCGAAGGGCAGAAGCUGCUGAGAAACGCCAGAAGAUGCCCGAAGAUGGCUUGUCAGACGACAAGAAGCCCUUCAAGUGCUUCACUCCUAAAGGCUCAUCUCUCAAGAUAGAAGAACGAGCAGAAUUUUUGAAUAAGUCUGUGCAGAAAAGCAGUGGGGUCAAAACAACUCAUCAAGCUGCAGUAGUCUCCAAGAUAGACAGCAGACUGGAGCAAUACACAAGUGCAAUUGAGGGAACAAAAACUGCAAAACCUAUCAAGCCAGCAGCCUCUGAUCUUCCUGUUCCUGCUGAAGGGGUACGCAAUAUCAAGAGCAUGUGGGAGAAAGGGAAUGUGUUCUCCUCCCCGACUGCAUCAGGCACACCAAAUAAGGAAACUGCUGGCCUGAAGGUGGGAGUCUCCAGCCGCAUCAAUGAAUGGCUAACUAAAACCCCGGAUGGGAACAAGUCACCUGCUCCCAAACCUUCUGACUUGAGGCCAGGAGACGUAACUGGCAAACGGAACCUCUGGGAAAAGCAAUCUGUGGACAAGGUCACUUCCCCCACUAAGCAGGUUUGAGACAGUUCGAGAAAGAACCCAAGAGCUCAAGACGCCGGACCACCUCAGUUGUAGAGGGCUACUUGCUCUGUUUUAUAUUUAUGUCAAUUUACAAAAUUGGGUUUAUUUUCUUUUGUUUUUCAAUUUCCCAGUAAACCAAUGUAUAUGAUCACUAUAUUUAAUAAUCACAUCUAGAGAUGUUCAUGGUAAAAGUACCGCCUUUGCACAGGAGCCUGUUUCUAAAGAAACCCAUGCUGUGAAAUAGACUUUCCUACUGCUCGUGUCUGAACAGCGAUACCAACCACAUUGGAGUCACCAACAGGAGGUUAAGGUUGCCUGAGGAAUGUGUGCAGUAUCUAGGAAAAGGAACCAUAGUUGUCGUUGUUGUUAAUACAGAGGUCAUGUUGUUUCUGCACUUUAGAAUAAAGCAUGGAAGAAAUUAUCUACAUAGGCCAUGGUAACUGUUUCUGAAAGUAACCUGUUUCGRAUUUAAAAUUCUGCAAUAAUGAUGUCUUUUUUAAAAAAGAAGAUGUACUGUUAAGGUAUUACUUUUUUCGUGCUGAUUCAUAUCUAAAUUGGAUUAUUAUUUUAGCUGACAGUGGUACUGAUUUUUUUUAGGUUGGUUGCUUUUGUGGAUUUCUUUGAUAGUGUAGUAGCCUGACCCACAUUUUAGAUUACCCGAUUAUGUAUGUAUGUAUGUAUAUGCAUACACGUAUACAAACACACUAACAGUAGAGUGCUUUUCAUGUGCUAGACUAUUAUUUUUAGUAGUAUGUCUUUGUAACUAGMAAAUAUCACAGCUCUUUAAAAAUUAAAAAAAACACAAUAUUAUAUUAAUAUUUCAUAUUUGCCAACAGAAACAUGGCAGGUAGGUAUGGAAAUGUUUUCAAUGCCCGAUGACUUAUAAAAAAGAAAGUAYUGAAAAGAAAGAUUAGAAGUGUCAAAAGGAGUUGAAAUUUUCUAUAAUACAUAGUAUUUAGUCUAUAAUUCAAGACAAUUUUUGAAGCCCAGUGUGAAUUUUACAAAAUCUACUGUCUGAAUCAAAUUCAGCCUGUAACAUUAAAGUUCAUGGUAAGUUGGCCAACAUGAUAGCUAAGGUCUCUUCCUUGGCUAAGAUUUAAAGACAAGAAUUUCAAUGACAAUACUGCACAGAUUGGAAUUCCAGACAGAGAUAUAAACAAAGACGAACUUUGGCUCAUGUCUGGAAGGGAAGCAGAGAAGUAAAGUGAGUAAAAUCUAGCAUUUAGGAGUGACACCUUCAUAUACUAGUACCUCCACCUUCAUAUACUUUGAAAUAUUUUUCAAGUUAAACUUUUCUACUUUGUUGGUCAUUGAUACUUGUCAUAAGUUGAUAAUGUUCUAAAA